CUCAAUGGCAGGCAUCCAGAGGACCCCAGAACCAGCCCCCCCAAAAGCCCUGCUGAACUAAAGAGGAGCUCCAUGGGGCCUAGUCCAGAACCCCACCUCACCUUCCCCAGGUCACCGAAGGUGCCUCCCCCAACCCCAGUCAGGACCUCAUCUAUCCCAGUUCAGGAAGUACCAGGAGCUUCUCCAGAGGAGGAGGAAGCCAUCCAGAAGACCUCCGCCCACCUCCCACCGCCUCCCAGCUUCAGUGUCCGCCCUGCGUCUCAGGUUUACCCGGACAGGGCUCUAGAGCCAGAGCAGCCCAGAGAGCCCAGCCCUGAGACACCAGGCAGCCCAAUGUCUGAACCCCAGACAAAAGGUCAAGCUGGAGCUCCGCCCCCAGCUCCUCCCUUGCCUCCGCCGGCUCCCCCACUCCCUCUGCCAGCAUCCUCUCUGCCCCCAGCUGCUCCUCCUUUGCCCCCUACUGAGCAUGCAGCCCCUCCACCUUCUGGAUUUAUGAAGACCUCCAAAUCCAGCUCACCUGCUCUCAACCACAGACCCAACCCCCCCAGUGUGGAGGACACAGCCUCGGCAGAACCUGUUGACUGGAGGGACCCCCGGCAGAUGGAAAAGCUUCGAAGUGAGCUGGCAGCCUAUCUCUGUGGGUCCAGGAAAGAGGAUCGGUCACUCAGCCACAGGCCGGUCCCUACGGUGGCCUUGAAGGACAAGGAGAACAAGAAGAGUAGCAGCCUAUCAGAGGAGGAAGCUCCUCCAAGCCUGCCUGAGAAGAUACACCCCUGUGCGCCUGAGAAGAGCCCCUCCAGUAGUAGCUUGUCAGAGAGAGAAGCCACCAAGAGCCCGGCCCUACCUCCUGUGGACUACAUGCCCCAGGAUACUCCAGCCCCCAGUGUCAGGCAGAUCCGGAAUAAGCUAGAGGCUCGGUUUGCCUCCUCCGCUGAGAAAGAAGCCAAGCCCAGCAUAGCAUCUCUGCCCCCCAAACCCCGGCUGGAAGGGGCAAGAACCUUUGAAAACGGGACUGAUAGUGGCAGAUUCCAUAAGCCUGCCACCAAGAAUCCACCCCAGCCGUCUACCACCUCUCUGCCUGCCCCAACACUCCAGUCCAAGGUUGUACCUGGUCCAGCAACACCACCCAAAGUCACACCUGGGCCAGCCACACCACUCAAGCCUACACCUGGGCAGGCCACACUGCCUAAGGCCUCACCUGGGCUAACCUUACCACUCAAGCCUAUACCUGGGCAGGUCACAUCACCCAAGAACACACCUGGCCAGGUCACAUCACCCAAGAACACACCUGGGCAGGCCACAUCAUCCAAGAACACACCUGGGCAGGCCACACCACCCAAGAACACACCUGGGCAGGCCACACCACCCAAAGAUGCACAUGGGCAGGCCACAUUACUCAAGGAAGCACCCGGGCUGUCCACCCCAUCCUCUCAGCUGAUGGCAGAGAAGGACCUUGUCUCCGUGAGGCAGAGAGAGAAGCCAGACUCUCAAGAAGACACAGUGGCUACCCAACUGUCCACAAAUGGCGCCCUCUCUCCUCCAGCUAUCCCACCAAAGUUGUCUACCGGUGGAGAAGAGGCACCAUUUCUCUAUAGACCCCAUCGCAGCCAGAAUAGCCACAGCCGAGGGGUUGCUGUAGUGACUCCCACUCGGAACAGAGGGGAGGCUACAGACUCAGGGGACCUACUGGACGAAAAGGAGCUCCAAAACCAUCCAGCCAAACCUCUCACCCCGGUCCAGUCACCCGACCAACUCCUCAGACACCCGGUGACUGGGGAAGUGGUAGAGCGGGGUUCCCCAAUGGCCCUGCUCCUCGCAGCCAGACAGAGGGCACAGAAGUCUAGGGCUGGAGGGACUGCUAUUGGACGGUCCUCUUUGCCAGGGAGUCUCCGUGAUCAUAGCAACCAAUCAGAGGCCAGCUCUGACAGCAUCUUUUACAGAGGUAGCCGGCCUAACUCCUUCAUUGUGGUCCCUAAGGUGCCCAGUGAGACAGAGGACUCCCAGCUGACCGCAGCAGGGCCCACUGGGCCCAGUCGGUGGAAGCCCCAGCAGGGACGAGACACACAAGGCUCAGAGCCAGCCUACAGGCAUGGGUGGACCAAGGCCGAAUCCCCAGCCCCUGUGGCCCGGGAAAGACCAGCUCCCUCAAGCUUACCCCAGGGCCGCACCCUCCCCAAGUCCUUCUCUUCUCCGCCCUCUCCUUCCUACAAGAGGGAAGAGGAGGAGGAGGAGGAGGAGGAGGAGUUCAGCUUUGAUAUCAUUCCUCCACCGCCAGAGUUCAGCAAUGACCCCGAGCCUCCGGCCCCUGGGCCGCAGCAUCAGGGCCGUCGCGGGUCCCCACCCAGGAACAACUUCUCUGACUUGGGGCAGUCUCGGAGUCCCAAUCCGGCUCCUGGCUUCUCGCGCUUCCCGGGGACUCAGUACUCAGAGCUCGGGGGCCUGGAUCGCUUCUCGGGCAGCGGACGAUCGCUCAUCAAGAAACGCCUGUACGUCGGGGAGUCCCAUCGCAACUCCGGGACGCCCCGUGGCUCUACUGGCCGCAGCUUGAGCUCCCCUAACUGCUUCGGACCGCAGCCGGGAGGACCUGAGAUGCGACGGGUCAACUCUGGGGGCCGAGCGGCCCCCGGUGGCCUGCACGCACGGAGGCUGUCGCUGGAGGGCGCCCGGGGUGCGGCCGAGGUCAAGUACAAGGCGCCCGGCGGAGGAGGUGGUAGUGGCAGCAAAACUGGCGACUACGGCUUUGUCCCUGCCAAAGGCAGCAGGUCUCCUCACGGCAACACCCACUAUGGAAGCCCCAUCAAUACGUUCACGGUGAGGCCUGGGACCCGCCAUCCCAUCUCCUAUGCCUACCCUGGGACCCAUCGGAAAGCUGCUUCCUGAGCCACGUGGUUCAUUCGGCUGACUUCUAGGGGUUGAAUCGGGGCAGUUGUUUUGCGGGGGGGUGGGAAGUCGCACAAGAUAUUAUAGGUUCCAGCUCAGACACCACUGAGAGCCUUUGUUCUGGAAGACAGACAGACAGAAACAUCUGUCUCUGAAUGCACCAAGAGACAGCUUGGCUAGGGACUGUUGGCAGAUGGGGGGUGGGAGGAGGGAGACAAAGAGGAGCUUUCUGGGCCCUGUUUCUGCUAUCUGGCACUGUCUGCAUUAGCAAGGUUUAUUGAAACCCACAGGGUUUGCCUGUCAGAACCUCUUAAAGGAUGGUGGAGGUUGUCUUUAACCUCUGCCUGUUACACUGAACAGGUAAUGGCUGGCUUUCCUAGCCACUUGGAGAUGAUUCAAGACCAUUUGCACAACACAGGGCUCUGCAUCAGAAGCCUUAUGUACCAGCCAGGGCCAAGCAGGGUCAUUGCUCCUUAGCGCUUACUCACAAGGAGGCCAUGAGAAGUUUGGGGUGGGAGAUGGAGGAUGAAGGCUUGCUUUUCCAUUCAGGCCCAUGAAGUCCUGGUUCAAGGGGUUGAGCCCAAGGAGCUACAAGGUCUUGGAAGUACGGAGAACAUUGGAGAUAGGUCUUGUAAGGUCAAGGCAGUUUGCUAGGGCCAGUUCAGAGCAGGGGAGACUUGUCAAUCGGGUGACCAUUUGUCCUCUGCCUGGGUGGUCCAGGGUUAUACCAGUGAACUGGAAUAUAUGUGUAAUAUAUUCUAA